AUGGCUGUAGCUGAAGCAAUGAUGCCUGCCAUUACUUCGUUUUCAAGUUUUCAAGCCAUGGAAGGAAACCAGUUUAACAAUUCCUGCAAGGUGGAUGAGUGUAGAAGAGACAGCGCAACAGGUGGCGCACAAAACCCGCUCAUCGAAGUGGAGUUCAGCAUUGUACAGUGUCCUGCUGUUCCUCCCGUAGAUGACGACGAUCUGGGGAAAUUAUUAGACCUCGAGUUCAUUUUGGCAAACACCAUCACCUCUGAAGUUGUCAGCAGCAGCAGCAACAACGGCAACAUUUCUCCGCAGCAGCAGUGUGUGUAUUCUCUGCCGGAGUCUCCGGAGAGCUGCAGCGGUAGCUCGGCUCCAGACUGCACCGAUCACCCUGCUCCUCAUCUGGCCGCACAGAGCUACCACGGCACGGGUGCCUUCACGGGCUCGAGCCCUGUACGCAGUCUGAUGGCGGAGCUUCUCACGCCUGAGAUAAGCUACCCGGGGGAGAGUUCACCGGACAACACAGGCAAGAUGAGAGACGUGCGGGAAUACACCGAACUGAGAGCGUUAAAUCCGGUCACCAUGCCAGCUGUUCCCGCUCAUCACGAGGUGGCCACAUCUCCUUCAUCGCUUGGAUACAAAAUCAAAUCCGAGCCCGUUGGUCAGUCUUGUAUGAUGGCUGCUGCUGGGGACUUUAUGGGACAGAUGUAUGAAAAACAUCAGAUUCGCUCCGUGCAUCCGGCAGCUUUUACGCACCACCAGGCUGCAGCUCCAGGUGCAUUGCCGGGGUUCGGUGUUCACUCCAUGCAGCGCCCUGCGCCUCAGGGACGCACAGACUGCCACUUGGCUCAACUGAACUCUCAUCCCCAUCAUCCGAAUCAACACCAACUCCAAAGCCAUUACAUGAAUGCACCCUACCAACCGCAGUACGCACACCAGAGUGUUCCUCAGUUUCAAGGACAAUACAACAUGCACAGGGAGCCCAUGCGCGUUCACCAGCAGCAUCAUCCAACUUCGAUGCAGGGGAUGAUGCUCACUCCUCCAUCGUCGCCGUCGUUGCUGGAGUUUUACGUGCACGAUGAAGCUGGGAACACCAAGCAGAAGCGAGGACGCAGGUCGUGGGCCAGAAAACGCGCCGCGACGCACAGCUGCGAGUUCCCUGGUUGUGGGAAAACCUACACCAAGAGCUCCCACCUUAAAGCACACAUGAGAACACAUACUGGUGAGAAGCCCUACCACUGUAACUGGGAAGGCUGUGGCUGGAAGUUCGCCAGAUCAGAUGAGCUGACCCGUCACUUCAGAAAGCACACUGGACAUCGACCUUUUCAGUGUCACCUGUGUGAGAGAGCUUUUUCACGCUCAGAUCACUUGGCUCUCCACAUGAAGAGGCACAUGUAAGCCCCUCUGAGACUUGUGUGUCAGGGGCCAUCGUGGGGUCAUGCCCGGAGCAUGAGGCGCGAGUUGGCCAUUCACCAUUUGUGCAUCUGGUCCAAACCAGUGAAACAGCGUUCCAGCAGGACUCUUAGUAGAUGCUGUGCCUUAAAAGCUUAAAGCAAGUUCUCUUACGUCGUUGCGUUUGAUCCCCUGAGGUACCAAAAUGUAUUCAUAUAUGAACAAAAGUGCCUCUGUAUCAGAAAAAAACGGAUAAAUGCAGGUGUUAUUGUAUAUAUUUGUGCAUAUCUGAACUUUGGCUAAAUUAUAGUAGUUUAGUAUUUAAGACAUUUCCUCACCCUGUCUUUUAAAUAAGUUAUUAACUGUUAGUGAGUGCCUUAAUACCACUGUUAUUGACUUCCAAAAGGGGAAAACACACUGCAGGCAGGACCCAGGAUUUUGUACAUAUGUAAAUUGUAUUUUUUUAAAGUUUACAUCUAAUAUCUUUGAUACUACUCAGAUCAGGUCAGGGUUUUUAUUGACAGUUUUUUGAUUAUAUUUUCUCAUGGUUGUCAUUAGUGUACACAAUAGAUGCUACAGAUUUGCUAAGCAUUGCAGGUUAUGCCUACAUUUCCAACAAUUGUCUUGGUUUUGUGAAGGUUUGCUUGAGCUAUGCUAAGAAAUUCAGGUACUAAAAGUCAUUGUCAUCCCCAAAGUAAUGAGGUGUGCUGUCAGUUCACCCUCACCUAACUCAAUUUGUGUUGUUAUUGUUAAUGUGUUAUUGACACAGCGUUACAGAGUUUUGUAAGCAUGUAUUUUGUUAUGGAAAUUUUUGUUUAAAGAAUGAAGAAAUCCCUGGCAACAAUUGGUUGAAAUGUUGUACUUGAGAAACAGAACAUCCACUCAGAUGUAUACUUUUCCAGCAAUGCAAUUG